UGACAUGUGUUUACGUCGACAUCGUGAUGUUUUGACAGUAGAAACGUCAAAACAUUGUACAUCGGGUCAAGAAAAUGAAAAUAUAAUUGAAUUGGCGAAUGACUGCCGCAUUUGAAUUUUGAUAGUCAAAUAAAGGAUAGAAGAAUAAAAAGAAGUAGAAAAUAGAAAUAAGUGAUGAAGAAGUUGAUUUGAUAUCAACAGCUCAGGGCUGAUGAUGAAUUCCCGGUGCAUCAAAGAGGAACCGCUUGUUGAAUUCCCGGACAUUGAAGUGGUGCGGUACCGAUGGAUACCGAAUUUAAUGGGACAGAUAACAGAUUAGUUGGAGAAGAGGUGCUGGAAUUAGAAGAAGUGGACAAUCCGCAGUUCUACGCAACGAUAUUGAUGAAAGAAGAGCAGUCUGAGGAGUUCUACCAGGAGCCGAGCAGUAGAUAUGAUAAUAGUAUAUCGCUGCUGUCUGAGAGGGUUAAGAAUUCUGACGAUGAAGUCAGUGUGGAAAUAAGUUCGUUGAAGAGGACUUUUCGGUGUCCUUUAUGCAACAAGGAGUAUGCAAGGAAAGAUCAACUGAAUUACCACAUGAAAAUUCAUGCCGAUUUCAAGGAUUUUAAAUGCGAUGUUUGUAACAAAGAGUUUAGACAGCGGGUCCACCUGCGUAAUCAUAAAAAGGUUCAUACCGGCGAGCGGGACUUUAAGUGCCAAGUUUGCGGCAAAGACUUUGUCCUAAAGCAUCACUUGACGACUCACAAUUCAAAGAUACACACAUGCAAUAUGCAGGAUGUUGUCGGAGGCCCAAAGAGAUAUUUUAAAUGCCAGAUAUGCACCAAAGAAUUUGUUCGAAAAGAUCACUUCCUAUAUCACACCAAGAUCCACACAGGAUUAAGGGAUUUUAAGUGCACAAUUUGCAGCAAGGAGUUUAGGCAGAAAACUCAUUUGAAAAAUCAUAUGAAACUCCACACAGGCGAAAGAGACUUUAAAUGCGAUUUGUGUGGUAAAGAAUUUUCACUUAAACACCAUUUGACUACCCAUAAUUUGCGAAUUCACGCCAGCAGCGUGGAACGGGUCAACGGUCAGGAUAACAGGGACUUGCCGACUUGUAGAAUUUGUAACAAAGAAUUUAUAACCAAACGCCACUUGAACGGACACAUGAAAGUACAUUCCAAUUCAAUCGAGCUCAAGUAGUUGGCGUCAAAUACAAAUGUUUUGUUAAAAAUAUGGCAAUGAAAUGAAAUUUAUUCAUUACAAUUGAUACCGGUAAUUUUUACAUUUAAGUAUACCACACUUUGUAUAAAAUUUUCUAUAUUUUUUAGGGCUCACAAUCAGAUACUAUAUCAGUGAAAUUGUACCAAUCUGAUUGAAAUGCCUCCUUUGAUUUACUUAUUUAUUUAUUUAAUUAAUCACGUACUAAAUCGUUGAAUUAUCGUAACUGAAUAUAAUAUUUUAAGUGUA